UGUAAGUAUUUCACUCCACGGAGUCACUUAUUAGGUUUUUUUUAAGGCUGCAACCGUAGAAUGGUACUUAAAGAUGAGCGGAAAUAUUUUGCGCCCUGUUGGAAUGAGGCCAAGGAAAUUGUUUACGGAGUGGGAAAUAAGUGCAGACGGAAAGGAGACUCUACUAUUGUGAAAUGAUUGCUGGUGAAUAAUAUGGAUAAAGAAGCUUUCGUGCAUUUUCUUGGAGGAGCUUUGGGCGGUACAGCUGGAACAGCUAUCACCUGUCCACUUGAGGUGGUUAAAACGCGAUUACAGAGCACAGAAUAUGCGUACACAACGUUAUCUCAUCCAUAUUCCGAAGAAACUUCCAAAGUCCGUAUACGGUUACCUCACCCACACAUUUUGCUAUCUCACAGCCGAAUGAGAACAUCUUUCAACAUUCCUCAAAAGUUGCGGCUGUGUUAUGUACCGCCAACAUGUGCAGUGCAGCGAAAUGUACAACUUUUUGCGAAACCUGGUUUUGUGCAGCAGAGCAGGAGCAUAUAUACCUUCUUCAAACAAAUUGUUGUAAAUGAAGGAUUCUCAGCUCUUUUCAAAGGAAUUGGUCCUAACCUUAUUGGUGUUGCACCUUCGAAAGCAGUUUAUUUUUGCACUUAUUCAAGCUGUAAACGAUUGCUGAACAGUUUGGAUAUUUUUGUCUCGAAUAGCGCUAUGAUACAUAUGUCUUCUGCAGCUGCUAGUGGCUUCGUUGCUGCAACCGUAAUUAAUCCAGUUUGGUUGGUUAAAACGCGUUUGCAGUUGCAUAAAGGGCCACUCUCAGUGACGGAAUGCAUUAGACGGGUGUGGAGAACAGAUGGCUUUAAAGGCUUUUAUCGGGGAGUAACCGCAUCGUACGUUGGGAUUUCUGAAACAGUGAUUCAGUUUGUAUUAUAUGAAGAAAUGAGAGCAUUGUUGUUGAAGUGGAAAUCAUCUCGGAACGCGCACGUAGAUGGGUGCAAAGAUUUAACAAAUCCGGAUACAGAUAUCGAAAAGUGGAAUGAAAAAUCUCGUCUUAAACAAGAUGAGAAACAGUUGUCAACGGUACAAAUGUCCUUAACUGAAAACGACAAUCGUGAGAUGAUUGAUUUCUUGCAUUUUAUGCUUGCUGGUGGGACAGCAAAGUUUUUCGCCUGUUCAUUAGCUUAUCCACAUGAAGUAGUACGUACUCGUAUGCGUGAAGAGAAUGCUGUAACAAAAGGAUUUCUGCCUACGCUAAAGUUUGUCUUGCGAGGGGAAGGAUUUUGGGCACUUUAUCGAGGAUUGGCUGUACAGCUUUUACGAACAGUCCCAAACACAGCAAUCACUAUGGGUACUUACGAAUUGACGGUGCAUGUGUUGCAUGGUAGUCCUCACGGACCAUCACGGACCACCGGUUGGAAACCAUUACCUUAUUGUAACCAAACUAAGUGCUGA